AUGGCGACCGAGAUACCUACCGUGAAAUUGGCCUCCGGCUAUGACAUGCCCAUCGUCGGGUUCGGUAUCUGGAAGGUCCCGAACGAAGCCGCUGCCGACCAGGUGUAUAAUGCUAUCAGGUUAGGCUACAGGCACAUCGACGGCGCCUGGGACUACACCAACAGCGCCGAAGCUGGCAAGGGCGUUCGGCGUGCUAUCGAGGAAGGGAUCGUGAAGCGGGAGGAGAUGUUUAUCACGUCGAAACUGUGGAAUAACUACCACGCCCGCGAGCACGCAUUAGAGAUGGCCAGGCUGGAGAACGAGGCCUGGGGCCUGGGAUAUUUGGAUCUAUUCCUGAUCCACUUCCCCAUCUCCCUCGAGUUCAUCCCGUUCGACAAGAUCCGCUUCCCGUGCUUCUGGAGCGACAAGGAACAGACCCAGGUGACUCCCCUGGUCAAAGUGCCCAUCUCCGAGACCUGGAAGGCCUUGGAGGAGCUGGUGCAAACCCGCGAGAAUCCCAGCGGCUUUGUCCGGAGUAUCGGCAUAUCCAACUUCGACCCCCAGCUGAUCUCCGACCUGCUAUCAUACGCCAAAAUCCACCCCAGCGUCCUUCAGAUCGAACACCACCCAUACCUGACCCAGCAAGACCUGGUCGCCCUGGCCCACGAGAACAACAUCGCCGUUACCGGAUACUCGACAUUCGGCCCGCAGAGCUUCCUCGAGAUGGACAACGCUACGGCCAAGGCCGCGAAGCCGCUUUUCGAGAACGAUGUGGUGAAGAGCAUCGCCCAGAAGCACGGCAAAUCGCCGGGUCAGGUUCUCCUGCGAUGGUGCACGCAACGGAACAUCAUCGUCAUCCCCAAGUCCAACAGUGUCGAGAGGCUGAAGCAGAACCUCGAGUGCUGCUCGUUCGACCUCGACGAAGACGAAAUCAAGCAGAUCUCGGCCCUGAAUCUGAACCUGCGCUUCAACAACCCCAACACGUUGGGAAGGCCCAUCCGAAUUUUCUCAUAA